AUGUCGGGAAAGUUCCAUGUGGAUGGUCCUCGUUCGCGUAAGAAGAGACAGGUUCGUAACCCGGCCGACAAGUCCAGCAUUGAUAUUGACUGGUCAGCCCUACUGCAGAACUCGACUUUCAACAAAUGGGAUUCCCUGGACUCUGACAUCAACGUUACAUCCAAGUAUUACGACAGCGUUGAUGACGAGCUCGAGGCUUAUCUGACAUAUGCCUACAUCACAGCCCCGAUGGACCCUGCAGUCGUGGAGAUGGCUGGCCAUAAGAAGAAGGACUUUAUCGCCAGUUGCAAGUUUGGAGGUUUCCAGUGCUCUCCGAGGAACUUCACGUACUUUCACAGCCACAGAUACGGAAACUGCUACACCUUUAACCACAAGGACUCGGACAAGGUUUUGUUUUCCAAGUUCUCAGGACCAGACCUAGGUACUGUUAUUGUGAUUUCCCUCUUUAUUGCUUCGAAGCCCUACAGACCCCUAAGCUUUUGGGGGUGACGUUCGUUCCAUUGAUAUAACACUGA